AAAAACUGUGGAGAGGAAUGAAAAAAGAAAAAGAAGCUGGAGAGAGAAGGAGGGAGAGAAGCAGCACCACCGUCGUCUGGCGGAGCUCACUCACGACAUAGAGUGAAUCAGCCAAUCGAUCGUUCGUUCGUGUCCCCCUUGAGCUCUGAUCAAAAUCCAUGGAUUCACAGAGCCAAAACACUUCGCUGCAACGACUCCAAACUGUAGAGCAGAGAAUAGUUAGGGUUUUGGAGCUCGCUGGAGGAGUAAUGGACGAACUCUCUAGCCCUAGCAGUCCCAGAAAGGAAUUGGUUAGCAGCCAAUGCAGUGAGUUCAUGCAAUUAAUCAAGGACAUCCAAAUGACACUGAGGGAUGAAAUCAAAAGUGCAUGCGAGUAUCGUCCAUUCGAGAAGUGUGAUUACAGUUCAAGAAUAUCUAACGAGAUAUGUUGCAAGAAACUGGAAUUUGUCACUGCACAGUUGGAUGGGAUGAAACAAACCAUUGAUGGAUAUUAUGAUGCAGCUUGAAGACACCCCAUAGCAUUAGUAUGCAAACUUGUGCUGAAGAUUAUUGCCUUGCCCAGCUUAUAAAAAUCUUAGAAAUUAAUUUGAUGUACUUAGUAAGGUACUUUUUAUUCUUAGAUUUGAUAGCAAAUUACUUUACACAAUCUAAAACCAUGUUCAAUGCCUCUUUUGUAUGUUGUGGAAUAUGAGAUGGUUUCUUUAUUUUGAUCAAUACCUUGUUAGUAUCUUGUGAUGUUCAUGAGGUUA